CCAUCUUCUUAUCCGGAAUAAAUAACACGCGCAUCCAUUCCACGGCAUACCAUCACCACCCCCACCUCCUAAACCAGGGGCCGCCGGCGGUGCCCGGAACUCCUUAUAACCGUCUCGCCCCUUCUCCUUAAUUCUCCAUUCUCAUUCCGUCUCCAUCUCUCGACAGCAAUGCCUGCUGCCGCCGCCGCCGCGUCUCUCGUCCUCUUCGCCCCAUCGCGUUCCUCCUCCUCCUCCCAGCGUACCCUCAGACGCCCCUCCCUCCUCCCCCUCCGCCGUGCUACCGUCGCACCUUCCCGCCCCCGAACCCCCCGCCUCGUCGCCGUCCGCGCGGCCGUCGCCAUCGAGAAGGAGACGCCCGAGGAGGAGCGGCCGGAGACCUUCCUCCGCGCCGCCGAUGGCCACCACGGCGCUGCCUCUGCCUCCGUCCGCGCCCGCUUCGAGCGGAUGAUACGGGAGGUCCAGGACGAGGUGUGCGCCGCUAUUGAGGCGGCCGAUGGCGGCGGGAAGUUCAAGGAGGAUGUUUGGUCGCGGCCGGGAGGAGGCGGUGGGAUCAGCCGGGUGCUGCAGGACGGAGGGGUGUGGGAGAAGGCCGGGGUUAAUGUGUCCGUGGUGUAUGGUGUUAUGCCGCCGGAGGCCUACCGGGCUGCCAAGGGAGAUGCUGUAUCUGGUAAUGGGAAUUCUUCGGUCAAGGCUGGACCUGUGCCGUUCUUCGCUGCUGGGAUCAGUUCGGUUUUGCAUCCAAAGAAUCCAUUUGCCCCAACAUUGCAUUUCAACUAUCGAUACUUUGAAACUGAUGCAACAAAAGAUGCCCCUGGAGCACCUAGGCAAUGGUGGUUUGGUGGUGGCACAGAUUUCACUCCGGCUUAUAUCUUUGAGGAGGAUGUAAAACAUUUCCAUAGGGUCCAAAAGGAAGCAUGUGACAAAUUUGAUCCAAGUUUCUAUCCCAGAUUCAAGAAAUGGUGUGAUGAUUAUUUCUUCAUAAAGCACCGUGGUGAAAGGCGUGGGCUUGGUGGCAUAUUUUUUGAUGAUCUUAAUGACUAUGAUCAGGAGAUGCUUCUGGCUUUCUCUACUGAGUGUGCAAGGUCUGUUGUUCGAGCAUACGUACCUAUUAUAGAGCGAAGGAAAGACACACCUUUUACCGAGCAGCAUAAGGCAUGGCAACAGUUAAGAAGGGGACGUUAUGUGGAAUUCAAUCUGGUUUAUGAUCGUGGUACAACAUUUGGACUGAAGACGGGUGGACGAAUUGAAAGUAUUCUUGUUUCCCUUCCGUUGACUGCUCGGUGGGAAUACGAUCAUAAACCAGAAGAAGGAAGCGAAGAAUGGAAACUCUUAGAUGCAUGCAUCAAUCCAAAGGAAUGGAUUUAGUCUCAGCCAAAUGGCUAAGUGAGCACUCUUAGCCUUCCUGUUCUACAGUGAUAAUACAAAGUUCCUGGUCCAAUUUUUUGGGUGCAGUUAUGAUAGGUGAAAGUUAUGAUCUGAAUUGUUGAAUAAGUUCAAUCAGGUUAUGUCGGAUAAUAUUCACAAAUGAGUUAUUUUGGAAUCAGUGUUGGUGAUUA